AUGCCUUUUAGAACUGCAAUGGUUCCUAAUAGGUCGGAGUCACGAGUCAGCGAGGAAACUAGUAGUAAUGCUAAUGAAACCGAAAACCACGAAUGUGAAUUUGAGCCUGCAUCUCAGCCUACCGAAAUCAGGGAAGAGAACAAUGACACUUCUGCAUAUCCUACACAAAUUGAAGAAACUAGUAGCUCAACCAGUAACGCGUACUUAGUGGCAGAUUCCAAAAAAGAAAAGGAAAAGUUUAUGAAACCACCAACACCGAAGCGUAAAAAACAAUCUAAAACCGAUAGCGUGAAUGAUAGUCAAUUACAGGCCAUCUUAAAUUUUCUACAACAACCAGAUGAUCCAAAUUUAAUGUAUACGCAACAUUUGGCUAAUAAACUAAGGCAGUUUUCAGACAGAACAAGAGCUAUGAUUGAACACGCUAUUAACCAAAUUAUUUUUGAGGCAGAGAUGGGAUACUAUGAUAACCCCUUGGAUGACCCUCACUUUAGAACACAAGUACCAACUCCUGCUUUUUCUCCAAAUGCAGCGGAAGGGUCUCCUUGGUCAGCUCACACUAAUAGUUCCUCGAAUUCUGCUCAACCAGAUAAACAAGCACAGGAGGAAGACAACCUACUUACUUCGCUGCAGCCUUUCAUUACAUUGUAGCGUAGUGCCGU